UUCCGAUCGAAAAAUCUGCUGCUGGCGCCUAGCGGGUCGACGGCGGACGGCGGCCGGCGGCUCAACGCGUUGGCGUCGCGUCGCGUCGUCGAGCUUGAGCUCUUGCACAGGUUCGAAGCCGCCGACAUCUGCAGCGUCUAAGGCUCUAAGCUCCAACUAUCGAUCAACUCACUCAUCAAAGAAUGGCAGAUAAAAAGCGGAAGCUCAGCCAACUUGGAAUGAGGCGUUUCUUGAUUGACACAAGGAAUCAAUGUGCACCUGGUGGUGGGAGUCAUGGAACUGAAAGAAAUUCAAGUGACAAUGAGGCACAAAGAGUACCAGAUCAACCAGAGACACAACCAAUUUUGGAGCCACAGGAGAUACGUGCAGAGACACAAGUAAAUUUGGAGCCAAGGGAACUACCAGAUCAACCAGACACAGAAGCAAUUUUGGAGCCACAGGAGAUGCCAACAGAGACACAAGUAAAUUUGGAGCCAAGGGAACUACCUGAUCAUCCAGAGCUACAAACAAAUUUGGGUAAUUCUGUUGCUGAGUUUAAUCCAAAUGAAAUUCUCUGUGACCAGCGCUUAGGAAGCAAAUAUAUGAAUAUGCUCCUGAAAUUCAAGACCAAGUUCACAUAUGUAUUGAACAAUGACUUCAGUUCUGAAAUUAUGGAAGGUAUUAAAUUUGCUUAUGCUAAUGGUUGAUAUGCUUGUAUGAACUUGUUAUUGGUCAGUAAGUUGGUCCACCACUGCCCUAGUGUACAAUAAUGGUUUGCGCAAGCAUCGAGGUGCAAGACGUAAGUGCUACCA